UCCUUCCUAAAUCCCCAAACCCCACAAAAAAGAAAUGCGAUCCCUUCUCUUCCUCUCCGCCCUACUCCUAUUCGCCGAUCUCUUCUCCGCCACCGGCGGCAACAGCCCGCCGACGUUGGGCGGGUGGAAGCCGAUCAAGAACUUGUCCGAUCCCUAUGUACAGGAGAUCGCCAAGUUUGCGGUGGCGGAGAACAAUAAGAAGGUCAAUAGUGCUUUGACACUGAGCCGCGUGCUGAGCGGCGAGACCCAGGUUAUUUCCGGCGUGAAAUAUCGUCUCAUCAUCAAGGUUUCUGAAAUCUCCGGCAGCGGCGGCGGCGGCGCCGUCACCGUGAGGAAGUACCAGGCCACUGUCUGGGAUAAACCAUGGGAGAAGUUCCGCGAGCUCAUCUCGUUCCUGCACGUAAUAGAGUAGGCCAUGGGACGCAGAGAAUGAUGUGUGUUGGUAUCUAUCUUACUGUGUGAAAUUUCUAGAAGUAACCUCUUUUUUAAUCUAUUUUAUAUGGUACUUGGAAUGUUUUGAUGUUUUGGUUAAAAUGAUAUAAAAAUAAUUAUGCUUGUGUGGGA